AAGAAAAGGAAAAAAAAAAAGGAAAAGAAAAAGAAUCGAAGAAAAAUACCGAAAAAGAAGAAAGAAAACGAAGAGAAAAAGAAACAAAGGGAAAAAGAACAAAGAAAAAGAAAAAAAACGAAGGAUGA